UUGACCAUUUUCUGGUGAUUUUAAAAAUGCGAAAGUACUUUACAUGUGCAGGGAUGGUGGAAUGGGUGGGUAGAAAGUUUAACCAUCACAUCUCACAUGGACUUGGCAAUACACUUGGCCAUCUCUUAUCUCUUUGCACCCGCGGCUUUAUAGCACGAAGGCAGAAGUUGUCUCAGUGUGGGCUCCAUACAGCAGAGAAUCGACCAGUAACAACAACAUCCGCAAAAAAAGAAUAUUGCUGCUGGUCGCUCGGCCGUCAUGUUUCACAGGUAAAUGGACAGGAUCGCGUGUUGUUCGCGUGGCCGAGCCCGACCGAAUAUCCACGGAUAUUUCCGAGCUGCAUCAUUGCACAAAUAGCGUCAUUAGAUGCGGCAAUCGCACUGCAUCCAGAAAGGAAGAGGCGAAGAGGAACAAAGGGAAGAAAGUUGAGAGACGCCGUUGCAUGAUAAGGAUAAAUCACGUGGACUUGUGCACCGAGUUCUUUCAAGUUUUAUGGAAAAAUUAUGUC